UCAUUAGGAUAUUUCUUGAUUCCUUUGUCAAUUUGCGCAGUGCCGUUUACCACCAUUGCUACAAAAGGGAUAGUCGCGCUCUCCUCCGAAACCAGUCACCCUCUCAACAUUACGUUCCACGUCCGCUAACAACUUCUUCAGCCAAUGAGAAAGUAGUCGAGCCUACCUGCCCACGCUCUUUUGCGCGUUUCUUGGUACGUUUCGAUAUUUCUUUCAUUCUGCAUGGAGAACAGUGACCUUAUACGUAUGAUUUGUUUAUAAGUUAUUCGAGUUGUCCAAAGCAAAGAACCAUGGUUGAAUCCAAGACCUGGGUCCUGGCCCGUCACUUUGAAGGCUUCCCGGAGGACAGCAACUUUGAGCUGAAGCUGGAGCAGCAGCCAGAGCCUAAAGAUGGAGAGGUGCUUCUCGAGGCACUGUUUCUCAGUGUGGAUCCAUACAUGAGACCGUUCAGCCGACUGCGUGUGAAAGAGGGGGGAGUGAUGAUCGGAACUCAAGUGGCCAAGGUGAUCCAGAGCAACAACUCAGCCUUCCCAAUCGGGUGCCAUGUGGUUGGUAGAUGUGGCUGGAGGACACACACUGUGUCUGAUGGGACAGGCCUGACACACCUUCUGUCUGACUGGCCACAAGAAGUCCCCAUGUCCCUGGCUCUGGGGGCCAUCGGCAUGCCUGGGUUAACAGCCCUGUACGGUCUGGAGGAGGUGCUGGGGCUGCAGGCUGGAGACACCCUCCUGGUGAACGCUGCAGCUGGGGCCGUGGGCUCCACUGUGGGCCAGAUCGCUAAGAUCAAGGGCUGCAGGGUGGUGGGCUCCACCGGGUCUGACGCCAAGGUGGCCUACCUCAAGGAGCUGGGCUUUGAUGAGGCCUUCAACUACAAAACAGUCAGCUCUCUGGAGGAGGUCCUGAAGACUGCCUCACCUGACGGCUACCACUGCUUCUUUGAGAACGUGGGAGGCCCUUUCUCUAGUGUGGCCAUCCCUCAGAUGAAGGAGUUUGGAAGGAUAGCCUUGUGUGGGGGCAUCUCAACAUACAAUGACACCACUCCACAAACAGGUCCCUACCCCCACCUGACCAUGAUCUUUAAGCAGCUGAAGAUGGAGGGCUUCCUGGUGGGCAGGUGGGAGCAUAAGAACCAAGAAGCUCUGAGGAGACUGAUGGCCUGGAAGAGGGAGGGGAAACUGCAGUGUCGUGAGCAUGUCACUGAAGGCUUUGAGAACAUGCCUGCUGCCUUUAUGGGAAUGCUGCAGGGAGACAAUAUUGGAAAAGCUAUUGUUAAAGUUUAGGUGGCUUCAAUGGAUAUUCUAUCAUAGAAUUAGAAUUCAAGGAACAUUCCCAUAGGAAAGCCAAACUGUAACCAUGACAUUGCAUUCUGGAAUCAUUUUUCUAUAGUGCAUUUGUAGCACAACCUUAUUACACAUUCACAUCAUAGUCCGUCCUUGAAUCCAAAUGUUUACUUUGUAAGAAGUAUUAAAGUAUUUUUAUGGC